AUGGCUUUGACUUUGAAGGACUUCCUGAGGGCCUUGAAAACCUCUCAUGUACCAAGUUUGUUAAAAGAGUCCAAUUCUUUGAAGAUUGUCUGCGGUAACGAAGCAGCAGACUUUGAUUCCAUUGCAAGCGCAAUUUCAUAUUCAUAUUUGAAUUAUGCCAAUGACAACUCAAUUGUACUUCCCGUUAUCAGCAUACCGAAAAAUGAUUUACUGUUGCGAAGAGAUGUCAUCUUCGUGUUGGACAAGCUAAACAUCACCACUGAUCUAUUGUUCUUCCUUGAAGAUCUUUAUUUCUGGAAAUCAGAAUGCCAUAAAUCUGUUGCAGCUGUACUAGUUGACCAUAAUGACGUUAUGAAUGGUAUGAAAUCCCUGAUAGACGACGUCAUUGGGAUAAUUGAUCAUCACGAGGACCAAAAAUUGUAUCUAGAUGUUAAUCCAAGAACAAUUGAAACCUGCGGUAGUUGUACAUCGCUAGUGUUCAGAUACUGGUACUAUGAUUUACAUCAUGAUCUGACGCAAAUGGUGGAAGUUAUAAUACUGUGCUUAGGUGCUGCUAUUAUCGAUACGAAUAACUUCCAAUACAAAGUCGAAUCUAAAGAUCUAGAAAUGUUAAAAUUAUAUCAAGAAGCUAUGCCAAAUUUUGAGAAGGACUCAUUUUUCUAUCAAUUGAAGCAUGCAAAAAACAACAUUUAUGGGCUCUCUGUGAGAGACAUUCUGAGAAAGGAUUAUAAACAAUUUGACUUCAUCUCUAGCAUGGAUUACGGCAAAGAAAACGUAACUGUGGGAGUAGCAUCAAUAGUCAAACCGUUGCAAUGGUUACAGGAACAGCAUCCAGAACUUCUUCAAGCUUGUAUUCAAUUUAAAGGUGAAUAUAGCUUAGAUGUUCUCGUUCUUAUGACCUCCUUCUCGGAAGACUCUCAAUUUAAGAGAGAAAUCGCAUUUAUUUCUGACGAACAGGAGUUACAAAGCGAACUGAUCAGCAAGAUUUCAGAAGAAUUAAAAUUGGAACCUGUAUCUGUUGUAGCCUCCAACACAACGUCGAAGUUCAAGAGGUUUAAUCAAUUGAAUCUUGCUGCAAGCAGAAAGCAGGUAGUGCCAGUUCUAAAAGAUGCAUUUGCCUCCUACAGCAAGAACUAA